AUCUAAAUUAAUAUUUGAAGUACAAGUACAAUCACUGUAAGUUUUACCUGUUGAAGGAUCUGCUUUGGUUUCAGGGUCACUGAGCUCUCACCUCAGACAGACAGAAUGAGAUAUCUUCGAGAGGAUUCAGUGUGGUCUCCAACAAGGACUCUGUGAUUGUGGGUUCGGUUGGAUCUAAUGAACAGUGUGGAGUUCUGUAUGAAGUGACUGAUUCGGGAUCUGGAUUCAGAAAGACAGAGAUUAAAGAUGCAGCUCUCAGUAAAGACUCUUACAUGGGUUACUCUACUGUGGUGGGACACAGAGGUGACGUGUCUCUUCUGUUCUCUGGGGGUCCGUCCUUUGAAGACAGGGGUCUGGUGACCCUCUUCACUAACACUGAAAAUACAUGGCGAGUGACGGGGAGAAUCACGGGAGAACAGAUUGGAUCAUAUUUUGGAGCAUCUUUAAGUUUGUUAGAUGUCGACUUGGAUGGAAACACAGAUUUUCUCCUUGUCGGAGCGCCAUUGUUUUCCCAGCCUCAUCCGAGGAGAGAAGGACGUAUGUACGUUUACGCUUUAACGGAGCAGUUCAUUCUGCAGCAGAUUCUCACUGUGAGCGAGUCAACAACUGGCAGGUUUGCUGCAUCGUUGGCGUCACUAAAGGACCUGAAUGGAGACAGUGUGCCGGAUGUAGCUGUUGGGAGCCACUGGAGGAUGAAUGGGGAGUUGUUUACAUUUACCUCGGCGAGAGGAAACACGGCAUCCACCCGACACGUACUCCUCAGCGGAUUCCAGCACAGUCAGUUCUUCCUGGGAUACAUCAGUUUGGAGUGUCUCUAUCAGGUCAGAUGGACAUGAGCGAUGAUAAUCUGCCUGAUAUUGUAGUCGGAGCUCAAGGAGCGAUCGUACUGCUGAAAGCUCGGCCGGUGAUAUCUGUAUCUUCACAACUGAGUUGCAACCCGCAUGAAAUCAGUCUAAAGGACUUUGAAUGUCCGAGUGCUGAUGUGUUUCUCGCAUUUAACCUCACUUCUUGUUUCAAUGUGACGGAGAGGACCAUUAGCACAGGAUCAGUAAUACGGAGUCUGAAUGUAACGAUCAACCUAUACUUGGAUGAUUUAACAAAAACAAGUCGAGCAUUCUUUGAUCCAAAUCAUUCAUCAUCUAGAACUCUGCAGAGGUUCAUUCUGCUGGAUGAUGAUUUUUCCUGUUUCACCUUCCCAAUCUUCAUGCCACGAUGUGUUGCAGACACACUGUCUCCUCUGAAGAUACGGAUGAAUUUCUGGCAAACUCGGAUGAUGGUGGGACACUCAAUGGCUGUUCUUGAUAUCGACAGCAGGACAGAAGAGAAUGCUGAGGUUCAGUUGAUGUGAUUGUGUCGUGGUUUGUGCGCACAUGAGCCUUGUUGCGGUGACCGAUUUAAACGCUGUGCUUCUGCUAGUUGUGGUUGCUGCUUAGGCCAUCUGCCAGCCCCCAUUUCAAUUUUGGCUGUUGUUUUUAUUGAGCAUCCAUACACUCACUGAUACAACACUUCACGUUCAUACAUUUAUAUACAUGACUGACUGACACAACUGAUUACUGCUGUUCUGAUUAUGUUGCCGUUGCUUUGUGUUAAUAAAUACUUUUUCUAGAUUA